UAAAAUAAUUUAAUUUAAAAAAAUAAUAAUUAUCAUAUCAAUAUUGUAGCAAGUUUUUGUAUUUUGGGAAGUGAAACGAUUUUACCGUUUUAGACUUAAAUCGAUCAAAAUUACCUGGCUACCUUACAUUCUACCCAACGACUCCAACAAUAAAGAUUGAAUAACGAUUAAAGAUUCUUGAAGUUUGUCUUUAAUUUUCUAAUUAUUCAUCAGGAAGGUAAAGAAUUGCAAAAAUUUCUAUACAUAUUUAAUGUUUUUUAUUGGUACCAUCCUGGGUUUGGAUAAAAAGGAUUCAUUAUUAACGUUUCAAAAGCUGACCUAUUUGGUUUAUUUUCUGUUACUAGUUAACUUAAGUUAACUGUUGUCAGUUGACUGAGUUAUAGAAUUAGAGGCUACCACUACCAAGAGUGCCAAGACCUAAAGCCUACACUUUUUACAACAGCCGACACUAUACUACACUUGAACGGUUACUGUUGUUACAAAGUCCGUCCAAUUUAAUUAUUUUAUUGGUAAACCUACUCAAUCCAAGCCAAUUAUUUACCCGUUGCCAUCUUGGUUGCAGUUGUCGUAGUGCAAACACACCUUGCUAAAAUGGGGAGGGGAAAGAGAAAAUGAGGUAAAUUGGAAGAUAGGAUGCCAUGAUUUUCUACAUGGCCGCCAUCUUGGUUGACAAGACUAGUUAAUUCUGUCACUAAAUCUAAGUAAAUGUAUCCCUUAACCUAACAUGAACCCUAAAAUGUAUCUCUAAACCUAACGUGAACCCUAAAUGAUAUGUAUCCCUAAACCUAACCUGAACCCUAAUUCACAGCAACUUUAAUAAACAAGCAAAAUAAAAGACGUUGUGGCAUCCUAUCAGUAUCUUCCUUUAGCUGAAAAUGGUUUUGAUGUGCUGUUUUAACUAACUACUUAAAUUACAGAAGGACACGAAGGUAAUCUAUAACUCGCUUGUGAAAAUAUCAUGUUCCAGUUUGAAACGGUUAUUGUUUUAUUGAUAAGACAAAAUUCUGUUAAUGCAGGCAAUUGGUGCCAUGUUUUUUCCCAAGGCAGCCAUCUUUUUGCCUGAGCCAGUGAAAGAAGAUCACGAGUCAAGGCAAAAAAGAUUGCAGCAGGGGGUGGGAAUUAGUGCAAACCCAUGUGUGAUAAUAAAGGGAGAGGAUGGGAGAGAAUGCGUUAUUUCAUCUAAUUAACGGAACACUGAAAAAUAAGCAAUUUUAGCAGAAUAUUUAAUUAUAUGGAAAAAACCCAAUAAAAUUAAUAUAACUUUUUGAAAAUUAUUUAAAUAAAAAUGUAAAAUGUACGAAAAUUUGAAUUUUUUUUAAAAGAAGCGAAAAAAUGCAAGAAAUGAGUAAAAAAAAAAAAGUAUAAUAACAGCACACUAAAAAAGCAAGAAAUGAAAAGAAAUGAAAUCGGCAGAUACAUGUAACAUAAUUUUUCAUGAUAAUUGGCCACCAUCCCUAACCUGAACCCUAAACCUAACUUGAACCCUAAACCUAUCACUAAACCUAACCGGGGUAUUGACCCUAAACCUAACUUGAGUAUUGACCCUAAACCUAACUGGAGUAUUGACCCUAAACCUACCCAGGGUAUUGACCCUAAACCUACCCAGGGUAUUGACCCUAACCGGGGUAUUGACCCUAAACCUAACUGGGGUAUUGACCCUAAACCUACCUAACCCUGAACUCCCUAAAUGGAUCCCUAAACCUAACCUGAACCCUAUUUCUAUCCCUAAACCUAACCUGAACCCUAAAUCUUAUCAUAAAAUUAACACAAAAAACGUAACUGCAAAGAAUGCAAUUUUCAAAUUAUAAUCAGUUUUUUUACUCACUCUUUAUGUAUAUCAGAAUCUCUUAAAUCAGGAGGAUAUACGAUUUUUAUCACAUUUAACAAUUCUCUCAUUAGAUCUGUACUGCCACACGAGCGUCCUCACAUAUAUUCAUAUAAAUAUGAGUCGAACUGCUCAUCCCCAGGACAGGUUCUCGUUGGCAGAGAUCUUUUUAUUGCACUCCAAGUGCCCUCUAUGGUGUUGGUAUGCGUGCCCGUUUCAGAGUGUUUGAACUCAAUUGUAUGGUUCACCGUCAGGCGGUGAAACCCUUCAUAAACAGUCUUAAGACCUCCAACAAUCAGAAAUGAUUGUGGUCCCUGGCUGCACAAAUUCCUUUAAUUACUGCCAGGAGGACAUCUUUGCCGUGGUUCUCAAUAACCCUAAAAAAGGAUUUGUUGGAUCCUCUUUCAAUUCCACAAAACACCCAAUCUCCACAAUUUUACCCACUCCGCCUAAGCUCUCACUCAUCAAAACACACACUUCCACGCAGACCUCAUGACAGAAGCUGAACUAGUCAGUUACUGUAUCCCGACUAACACCUACUUCAGUCGCAAUAUUUCCCAAAGGUAUUUUUUCAAACCAAAAAUGUGUCAAUAAAAGUAUGUCACUUAUCGUCUAAUUGCUGUCACCAAAACAUGAUCCCUUCCUUAAACUACCCAUAUUACCAUGGCUUGUGUUGCAACAUCUUCGCAAACCCAUCUGAAACAUUUGCCCAUGCACACAAUUUCAUACCUUCUUGCAAUUAGGACAUUCAUACCGGUCUACAAUAAGACCAUUUCUCAUGACCCAAUCGAUCACACUCCUUUUGCCCUCACAUUCCAGACGAAUCCAAAAACGGUAGGAAAAAUCAGCAUAAAUUUACCCAAAAUUUAUAUUAAAAAAAACAAUUGUCAUUGCUAAAAAAUAACAAAUUUUGAACUUACCGUGAUGUGCAGGCACCCGGAGAAGUAAUCAAGAAUAGAGAAUGGCGUAAAAUUUAAGCACUCCUUUCUAUAUCCGCAUCACUUUGAAGUACCUGAUUAAAAAAUUAAUUUCUAUAAUUCUCAUUAAUAUUUCGAACAUUCUAAAAUUUCCACACGCUCAGAAUGACACUUAAUAACAAAAUGGCAAGUAAUUAUUAACAUAAAAUGAAACUUUUAUUUUAAUAUCCAUUAAUUAUUCACAUGAACUUUUGUAGCAGAACUUCAAUGUUGAAAUAUUCCUUCGCCGCCACUUCUUUCAAUGAUUAAAACAUCAAUUUUUCAACAAAGAACUCAAAAUAUUAUGUUUAUUUUUAAAAAAUAAUGUUAAUUUUUCGAUUUCUAUGAAAAUAAAAUCAGAAAACGAACAAAAAAACCCCCAAUAUUUCUCGAAACAUUUCUUCGGCUUAUGAAUACUAAUACAUCAAAAGAUAAUUCUUUAAAAAUAAACAAAGGGAAGUGACUUCUACACUGCAACUUAUGAAAUCACGCAAAUGACGUCAUGACACCAAUUCUCUGCAUUGACCAAACAUUCUUUUAAGGUUUUUUUUAAUGACAUUGUCCUACAUAUUCAUUUCAGCACAUGUAUAAAUGACUACAUUUUUAAAAUAAAAAAAAAUUAAAACAAUUUAGUAAUUUAUCUAAUAGACAAAUUUUAACAAUAUGACUUAUAAAAAGAAUCAGAGUUUGAUUUUAUAUUAUCUCCAUGAAAACUAUUGCGUGACAUGAACUCAUUCAAAUAUGAUGGAAAAAGGUUGUGGCUUGUGGCUNUUAAAAACUCGGAUUUUUUGGCGCCGAUUGCGAAUUCCCAUACACAAAAAGUAGUAGUCCACCUUGACUUACCGAAGUAUCUACCAAUAGUACCAAAAUCCGGAAUCCGGGAGAAACCGGUAUCCGGAUCCGGCGGAUUUCGCAUAAGAAAAUCCGGAUCCGGAUCCGGUUGGAAAAAACGGAUCCGGCACACCCCUAACAUUGUCCUACAUAUUCAUUUCAGCACAUGUAUAAAUGACUACAUUUUUAAAAUAAAAAAAAAUUAAAACAAUUUAUUAAUUUAUCAAAUAGACAAAUUUUAACAAUAUGACUUAUAAAAAGAAUCAGAGUUUGAUUUUAUAUUAUCUCCAUGAAAACUAUUGCGUGACAUGAACUCAUUCAAAUAUGAUGGAAAAAGGUUGUGGCUUGUGGCUUUUUUAGUUUGCGCUUUGCAUGCAACCACAUAUUUUCAACAGUCUGUGUGUGGACACCAGGAUCAUUUAGACAGUCAAUAUUUUGUUCAUGAACAACGGAUUGUUCGUAGAUCUGGUUUAUGUUUGCGUAAGCCACCCAUCCGUCUGAUACAAUAAGUGAGCCUUGGAAAAUGUAUAUCCGUUUCCAGAAAUAACACAAUUUGUUCUGAAAAAUGUAAAAAUUAAGAAAAACAAAACAAAAUAAUUUUAAAAUAAUGAAAACCCAGCUUAGUUUCAUAUAAUACACUUUUAUACUUUUAAACACUUUAUUGCUGGUUUCACUAAAUGGAAAAUCCAAAAAUUUUCAGAAAAUCAAUACAAUAAUACUCAGUCCAUUUUCCAAAAUGACGGAAAAUUUAAAUAUUAUAGUAAUAAUAUUAUAAUUAAAUACUCGGUGACAUAAUUUUAAAAUUUCCAUCGGCGUAUUAAAGAAAAGUUAACUUUGGUAACAAUCCAAGAUUCAACAAAAGGGAAAGAUCCUACACGGCAACUCAAAGUGGCCUGGAUUGCGUACAUUGACUUAAUUAUUUAAUCAGGGGUCUAUAUAUGGGGUCUAUAUUUAAGUUUAUUUCAAGCUUUUUUGAAUUCAAUAGUUGCUGCUGCUAUUUUAUGGGCCUAUAACUUAUAUGUUUUAAUUAAGUGUCAUAAGACAUUAUUUAUUUACUGCGUAUUGAUCCAAACACAGUUUAAAAAGGUUAAACACUAACAAACAUUUCUAGUACUAGUCACUACAGUAAGCAGUAAUGAGUGAAAAGCUAAUUAAAAAAGGCUUUCAUUCUAUCAUUAUCAAUGUGUUUUGGCUUUUCACUGAAGUUGCAGUGUAUGUAAUUAUUUAUUGUAAUAGCAACUAGUAACAAUUAACUUUUAGAUCAACAAAAGGUUUAAAAGCCUACUUUGUUGAAUCAUUGUUCAUAGAUAGGGCCUACUGCUAUUAAAAGUUCAAUGAGAAGAAUGUCAACUCAAUCAAUAAAUAUCAAUUGACAUUUUUUUCAAAAUCUUCCAGUUAUCUAUACAAGCUUUAUUCAAGGUUAGCAUUAAAUUAAAUUCCUCAUUAGUACCACUCUAAACUUACCCUUUGCAGACUAAUAAUUUCUCCUAUCAUAUUUUUCAUUUCAGAUGCCUAUGAUUAAGCUGCAGAGUUCUGAUGGUGAAGUGUUUGAAGUUGAUGUGGAGAUAGCAAAACAGUCAGUUACAAUCAAAACCAUGCUGGAAGGUACAAUUGUUGCUAUACAUUUUGAAAACCUGUUAACCUCUUUCUUGUUACCAUUUCUUUGUUUCAACUUUCCACAUAACAGAUGGGAAAACUGGACUAAAAGGAACAGAGAACACUUCUGUUUCUUUUUAAUUAAACCGAAACAUACUCUCCCCAAACGUGAUGAAUGGCAAGGCAUGAAGUAAAUACUAAGAGUACCAUAGAAACCAAAUUUACCGGCUUAGCAAUAAAAUAUAUUUAUUGUAUAUGUAAGGGCAUAUAAGCCCUACAUAUUUAAGGAAUAUCACUGCAUAAGCCUUUUAAAAAUAAAUAUACUCCCACAAACAUUAAAUGAAUAUGUAUAAUUCAGAUUUGGGUAUGGAUGAGGAUGAAGAUGAGCCAGUCCCCCUGCCCAAUGUGAAUGCUGCCAUUUUAAAGAAAGUAAUUCAGUGGUGUACUUUUCACCGUGAUGAUCCUCCACCACCUGAAGAUGAUGAAAACAAAGAGAAGAGGACUGAUGACAUAUGCUCUUGGGAUGCAGAGUUUCUUAAAGUAGACCAAGGCACGCUGUUUGAAUUAAUUUUGGUAAGUGUAUUUGCAGUAGUACAGUAAAAAUCAAAAUUGGUUGUAAAUUAUACCUCAUAGAAUCAUGUGUCAUGAACUUAUUUUUUUAGUCCCCUUAUAUUGAGCUGAUAGGGAAUUGAUUAUCAAAAGUAAUCAUUCUUAUUGUUAUUACAAUAAUAAGCAAUAAUAAUUUUACGGUGUACAGGUAUUCUGCUUGACUCUUUGGUCAGGUUAACUUUUCGUUCUCCUAUUCUCAGCUAAGAUAAGGCCUAUGUUCUAGAAAAUAAAGUAUCUUCUCAUCUCAAGAAAUCAACAUCCAUAAAUGAAUCCCUCUUAUCAUCACAAAAUUUAGACACCCUUGUCAAACAAAUUUGUAACCCUCCUAGAUCAUGAGUGAUAUCUUUUAUGGAUGUUCCCUUCUUAUAAGAUGUGAUGAUAAUUAUGCAUUUUUCUUAGUUUAUUUUUGACUGGAUAAAUUUCACAGCAUUAAUCCACUUGAAUUAUAUUCUAUUUAGCCAUACUUUCACUACACCAAGCGUUUAUUACCCCCACGGUUACUUUAAACGACCAAAUUUAUCCCCUUAAUGUCAGCUUGAACUGCCACAAUGAGCUAACUCAUUAGCUGUCAGAGAAAAUAAAUUGCAUCCAUUCAAAUAUUUUCUUAUUUAUACUUAAUCGAUAUGUUUCAUAUAAAAAUGUGUAACUGAAAUAUUUUUACAGAAAACCAACCAAGCUAAUAAUGUAACCUAACUUCAGACUCAACUCGAUAGUUUAUUAACUUACUUGUUUUAUUUACAUGGAUAGGAGACUUUCGCCAUGGUCUCACUUGGGAUUUGGAUAGAAGUAGAAGGGGCACACAAUCAAAUGACAUUAGUAUAUUGAUCAAGAUAGAGAAUGUUAAGCAACAGGAUAUUUGAUAAUAAUCCUUCAACUCAUAAAGUAUGGGAAAUAUGUAAUGCAAGGAACAACAUAUUUCCAUUUACCUACCCUGAUCGCAGUCUACCCCUUCAAAUUCCUUUUCAUUAAGUAUACACGUUGCUACCAUUUCUUAUUUACACAUGGGUCAAAUUAAGUUGACAAAACUAUUCCCAAUUGGAAUUCAUUUAUUUUUAGGCGGCUAACUACUUAGAUAUCAAAGGUUUGUUAGAUGUGACCUGCAAGACAGUAGCAAACAUGAUCAAAGGGAAAUCCCCAGAAGAGAUCAGAAAAACUUUUAACAUUAAGAAUGAUUUCACACCAGCAGAGGAAGAGCAAGUGAGUAUUCAAUUUUAUAAUUUAGUUGAAAUGUCGUUUCUUUUAUUUUUUUAAGGCUGUGAAUGAAUGAUAGAGACUUCCUUGGUGUUUGAGGAGAAGAUACCUAUUUGUGCGGAAGCUUAGGAUUUCAUUUCUCAAAAUAAAUGAACCACUACCGUUUUUAAGUGCGCCUUUUUAAACUUUAAGUGAACUUUUUUGAGAAUUUUAUUUAUUUGCAGUGGAAAGAAAUCAUAAGCAAACCAUGUCAGUUCUAGACUGAUAGGAACAAAUUAAUUAAUUAAUUCUGGACAGCUGACUUCCCUAAGUAAUCAAUAUUACUUAGCAUAAAGAAAUAACUCAGAUUUUCAAUUAGCAUAUUGUUUUUAUUUAAUUUAAGCUUCUACAAUUUUAUUAAUUAUAACUUUCUUAGACCUGGUUACUCUUAUGGUUUUUGGCUCACAAUGUAAGAUUUUGAGAUGUCUUUUACGAUUAUUCACAGAGACCUAUCAGAAUUACAAGUUUAAAAGACCGGGUUGAAAAAAUAUAUUUGAAUAGUUUUUGUGAUAUAAAAAUACAUUGUCAAAUGUUAAUCUUAGCUCCCUAAUACAUUUGCCAGUUAAUGGACCAAGAAUUAUCUUUUGUUGGGGACCAUCCAUAAUUAUACUUGGUAUGCACUAAGAGGGGAAGGUGGGUUGGGGGUUGACCUAGGAGCGUAGGGUGUUCAUGGAAAGGGAGUGUCAAUUUUGUGACACAAUGUUUUCUUAUGGCUGACUGUUCACCUAAAUAUUAAUUGAUACCCGGUAUCUAUAGCUGAUACACAUAUGCAAAAAAGUGACUGCAGUUUGCAGUUAAUGUCAGCCAUCUACUUUUAACUGUUCAGUUCCCUUUUCUGAUGCCAGCCUAACUCCAUUCCACUGGACACGCGAUGCGAGUAGUCAUUAUAUGAAUUAUAUAUACUGUAUGUUUAUUUUAUUAUUUACUAUUAAGAUACUGUAUUGCACCAUUUUUAGACGAUAUUGUAAGAUUUUAGGAGAACGAGGGUAAACAGGUCUGAUAUAUUAAUACAUAUUUUGAAUACCAUGCAAAAUUUGUCUUUGAUUAUAACUAUUUUGUCAACCCUGUAAAUAUAGUCAUAUUAAUGACCUACUUCUAUCCUUGUUUCAGGUGAGAAAGGAAAAUGAAUGGUGUGAAGAGAAAUAGGACUUCAUCUUCUCCGCCCAGAGAUUUUUUAUUGUUUUUUUUUCAUAAGUAUAUAUAAUGUGAUACCAUUAAUUCAAUAUAAUAUUUGUUAGUACCUGUAUAAAAUCCUAAUGUGUGAAAGCAUGUGUGUUGUGUAUUGAGCAAAGCUUGAGUUUUGUGUAUUCAAAACAAUUGACAUUUCAUUCAAUAAUAUUAUUAGGGAUACUUUUUAAUAUAUUUCCAGAACAACUGUUAAUAAUUAAAUUUUUUAAAAGCAAAUUAGUUCAUGUCAUUUUAGCUAGCACAUAGUUACUGAAAUAAUUUUUUUAAAGACCUUAGCUACAAAUUUUCAAAGAUGUUGAACAAAUAAGGUUACCUAUCUCAUCAACGUUCACAUGCAAUAGAAAUUGACAAUAUACCCCAGGGUUUUAUUUCCAGAGUCAUUGUUUGAAUAAUUCUUGAAUCAACCAAUUUAUUUAUAAUUCCAAUUUAACCUCAUUUGUUGUCAGGGAACUAUUUAUUUUUAAGGUUCAUUGUUGGAAUCUCAGUGUCAUAGGACUUGUGUCAUAGAAAUCAAGGGCAUUAUGCCAGUUUUACUGAUUUGUUUGUACAAAAAUAGAAAUUUACUUUGAUUACAAAAUUAAUUAACUUUUCUCCAAAUUCUUUUAACCAUCACAUGUAUAAAAAUUCUGCCCUCAAUCAGCACACUCACUUUUGUUAGGCUUUAAUCCAGCCGUUUUACUGAUUUUAGUGUUUUGUACUUGUUUAUGAAUAAAGGUACACAAACCCCUGGCAAAUCAUGGCUUAUGUUCUCCUUACAUGUUAAAAUUAUUGAUGAAAUGAUGUAGGGCCACUUUGUAGAAAUUUUAUUUAACAGGUUUCAAAAGUUUGGUUGUGUCCAUGUUGAUCUUUUAUGUCUCAGUGCAACAUGCACUUUAACUAUGAGUACACACACUUUUCUCCUCUGUUUAAAAUAAAUUAAUUCAUCCAAAUCCUUUAAAAAAUAAAUUUGAUAUUUUAGAUGUUUUGUUUGUUUCUGAUGCAACCCUUUAUGUUGAAAACUCCCGUUUGUAUGUCUUCUAACAGGCAGUUUCAUGGCUCAAUUGUAUUCUAGGGGUAACAACUCUCGUCACAAUUAAAAGCAGCAACAACACUAGGUUAAAUACUUCAUAGAGUUCGUUAUUCACAACUGCUCUCCGUACCUCCUUCCUUCAGCUUUCACUUUGCAUAAUAGCUUCUACUCCAUAACAACUAAUACCAUCAUCCCUCAUAUCCUUCUAUCACCGAUCCACAACACCUAGCAACAACUAGGCAAUAAAUCUCUACAUUAAAUAUGCUCACCAACAGAUCAAGUAUUACAAUAUCAUACACUCAUGAAAAAAAUCAUAAACGUUCUAGAAACAGAGGGUGUAAAAUUACCUACUAGUGAUUGCAGACAUCUUAUAAGUUCUUCCAAGAUUUUCAUUUAAAAGUUUAAAAUCGACCAGGUGUGAUAUGCUAUUUGGGCCCUAGAGCUGAGCAGAAAGCAAUAAAAGCACCUUUAAAAAUACACUCUUUGUUGUUAAUUUAACUUGAUUAGAUCCAUGCCAGUUCCCCAUGAAAGCAUCACUUGUCAGAAAACUGGUUUCAUCUUAAAUGCCAAAUUAACGAAUGUAUGUGUGUUUUGCUUUGUGUCUUAUUCCAUCAUGCAAGUGAAUAAAAUUACUUUCGUACAUAAUUUAUGCUUUUGUAACUUGAUCAAAAAUUAUUAUAUUAGUAGUGUGUAAGUGUAAGGAAAGUCAAU